AUGGAUUUGAGUAAAAUCGCUCAAAAUCUCAUAAAAUGUGUCUCUACUGGAGAGAUGGUUGAGCUGCAGAGUUUAUGGGCCAAGCAAACUGCAGUGGUAGUUUUUCUUCGUCGCUUUGGGUGACAGUUGUGCAGGCUGUGGUCGACUGAGCUUAGUUCAGUCAAAUCACAGCUUGAUGCACACAAUGUACGACUGUGCGGUGUGGGCCUUGAGGAAUUAGGUCUUGAAGAAUUCGUAGAAAAAAAGUUUUUCACUGGAGAGUUGUACAUUGAUGCUAAACAACAAAUCUACAAAGAUUUGGGAUUCAAGAGGUAUAAUGUUAUCAAUGUUUUUGGUGGAUUGGCUGCUAAAGAGACACGACUCUCAAUAUCCAAGGCCAAUUCAUUGGGAAUCAAAGGAAACAUGAAAGGUGAUGGCAUGCAAAAUGGUGGUAUGCUGAUAGUGACAGCAGGUGGAGAGAAAGUUCUUCUAGAUCACAAACAGGCAUCUCCAGGAGACCAUGUCGCCAAUGAAAAAAUCCUUGAAGUCCUAGGAAUCAAAUCUGAUGAGUCAAAGAAGGAUGAAACAGAAUCUGCAUCAGCGGCCGGGGCUGAUUGUGGGUGUGCUGCAAAGGAAGGGGAAUCAUAAAUUAAAUUCCCAUAAAUGGAUUCUCACCACAUUAAAGUUUAGUUAAAUUUUGAAUGGUGUAUUAAUUAUGCUAAUUUACACUAAUACUCAGCUGUGGUAAUUGUGUCAGUAUGUAAUGUUCUCUGAAAGAGUUAUAUUUUAGGCUACCAUGUGAAAAACUGCUUUCUCCAACUUUAAUCCUGUACCUGGUUUUGCAAUUGUUCCUGUUCUGGUUGUGUUAUGAUGCCAUUGUGUUAAAUGCUCAAGCAACACAUGGUGGAGGAAUGUUUUGACAAUCACGAGCAGGUCCUGCAGCUAAGCUACAGGGUUAACAGUUGGGGCCCUGCUGUUCCAAAAAAAGUUGUUAAUCUUAAACUGUUUGUUAUGUUACAAAAAAAUGCUAUAUAAUAGUUUUUUUUUCAACAACAAUUGCAAUCCAGUCAUGCUUUGAUAAGAUAGUCUGAUAGAGAAAAACAAAUCAUUACAAAUAAUUGAAUAUGACAAAUUUUUUAGGAAGAUGCUGAAUUCUCUUAAAUGUUAUGAACAGUUACUGGUGAAAUAAAGGAAAUAAUUGUCAUAA